UUUCAUUGUGCACGUUUUCAAUUUAUCUAUGAUUUGUAGAUCAGCGCUAUAAAUAUUGAAUAUUUUAUAAUGAAAACUCAAAAGAGCAAUACUCAAGAUAAUAAAUUGCGGCAAAGACUUAAGACACUUUUUAAGAAAGAAAAUGUAAAGUUGAAUGGUCAAUGUAAUACUCCGGACAAAAAGAUUGGUUUGAAUACCAAACAUCUUCAGCCGGAGUCCUUGAAAGGAAAGAAGAAUUUUAAGACUCCUAAUGAAGAUAUUCCCCCCAAGAAAAAACGCAAACUCGUGCAAAGCGAAUUAAAAAAGAAGGCGGAUUCUAAUUCUGAAUCGAAAAAACUGAAAAUAAAAACCAAACCAGUUACUAUUCAGGACCGUGGUAACGAAAAAGCCAAAUCAAAUCAGCAGGGCCUAAAAUGCGCAAAUGGCACUGCAGGUAAGAAAGAGAAUAAGUGCUUGCAAAAUAAUGAAGUUCAUUUGCCAGUAGUGCAGUGUUUAGGAAGUAAAAAUGGCAGAUAUCCUGAGAAGGAGGAGAGCAAUGUUUUCGUAGAAGACGAAGAGGAUUACAGUUUUGAUGAUUCUGAAUAUGAUGACGAAUUUGACAGCUAUAGUGAUGAUUAUUCAUCAGAUAGUGAAGAUCAUUUUCAAGAAACCGAUAGCUGCGACGAUGAGGAAUUUGAUUAUUCUGAUUCCGACUAUGAUAACCCAUUUGGAUCCGAAACUUUUUCAGAAACUGACCCUGAUUAUGAACUUCCUCAACAUAUUCCAGAAGAUCUAAUCAUACACAAAGGUACAGCACAGAAAUACGACCUCGACAAUAAUGAAGCCCUAAAUUUCGAUAGUGACAAUGAUAAUCCACAAAUUUAUGAAUUGAGAGCGGAAAGUACAGUUAAAGUAAUAAAACAACCAGAGGUUUAUGAAAAAAACGCAUUGUUAAAGUUGAACGAAAAUCGCGUUUACAUGAGGGAGCCCUGCGUAAAACAAAAUUCUUUGGAAAACAGUGAAAAUGAAUGCCCAGAAUUAGUACCAAUAACGAAUAAAGAUGCGUUCCAACUAUAUAGUUCCGAAUCUGAUUACAGCGGUUAUGAAGAGAUUAGCAGCGAUAGUUCCAUUCCUGAAGAGGAUAUAAACCAAAAGUACAUUAAUUUCGGACAGAACCUUGGCAGAGACUUUGUUAGCGAAAGAAUUAAAGGGAUGAAAAAGCUAAAAUCAGUUUUUAAUAUGGAUAUCAUUAAUGUUAAAAACUGUAUUCCUCUGCCAACAAGUAACAUUAGGGAUAUGAAUAUGGUUGAAAACGAAGAUGGAACUGAAAUUAAAACUGCUAAAGUUCCAUCAAAUAUUGAAGAUAGCGUAUUGAUUACUGUAAGAAUCUGUGAUGCUGACCAAACUAUUUUCGAAGAGGGAACUCGAGACCUUAAUGCAAUUCAUGAAACACAAUGUGUUAGUGAAGAAAAGAACGUUGAUGCGAGUAUCAAUUAUCUUCCACAACAGCCAGCAACCUCAGAUAUAAGCGCGAUUUCUGGACCAGAAACAUUAUCACAAAGUAUAAAACAUUUGCAAAAAUCAAUACGUGUUACCCAAGAAUAUACAAAUUUUAGAACAAAAUUUUUUAAUGCAGUCAACUCUAAUCUUGUACUCGUACUGGCGAAGGAUCCUUUCUAUUUAUAUGGAACACUUUGUAUGACUCUUCUAGCCGGGAAGGUCGAAAUAUAUGGCUAUUCUCCACGUCUUAAUGAGGAGUGUGAGAUAUUCUCACCGCGUGGUUGCUGUAGUGUGCAAAUAACUACCCUUCCAUGUGUUCCAGUUGACAAGGAUGAGGAAAUUCGUAUUAACUUAAAACCCCUCCAGUCAUCUUUUAGUUCCAGUGAUUUGGAAAGUAUUGAAAAGGAGUUUGAAAGUUCUCGAGAUGCGGUACUACUUUUAAAUCGUAACACUCGCCGGAAGAAAUUGAAAAAUAUUUUCAAAAAAUAUAUGAACGAAAAUGUAUUUCCUAACAUGAAUUCUAUACAGCCAGACCGACCGUUUUAUGCGAGUGAAUACCUACUGGAUUGCGUUAUAAAUACUGAAACUGAAAGGGAAUUACGCGUGCCGCAGGAGUGGCGAAAUUUAUACUUUACUCCAAAAUCUAAGGUAUUACUAGCUGGUGGAAAGUCUGUGGGGAAAUCUACUCUUUUGCGUUACCUUCUAAACUGCCAGUUAGAGCAUUGUGAACGCGUGCUUGUUAUUGAUUUGGAUAUUGGACAGGCGGAACUCUUUAUACCGCAAACUGUUUCUUGUACUGUUUUAUCUCAACCGUUACUAGGACCUGGAUUUUUUCAUAAUCACCAACCCACUCGUGCGUACGUUGUGGGUCACAGCAAUAUAGUACUUUGCGCUCAGGCGUAUGUACGCGCAAUAAAAAAACUGAUUGAUUUCUGCUAUUCGAAGGAAGAAUUCGCAGAAAUACCUUGGUUGGUCAACACAAUGGGCUACAAUAAAGGAUUUGGUAUGGAGUUAAUGAGUGUUAUAAGUCAGUUAAUCAGGCCCACUGAUAUAGUACAACUGCAAAGCAAUAGAGACAUUAAUAAUUUUGAUGAAUUGUUGUACCCACAUGUGCUGGCUAGGAUACCACGAAACAUAUAUACAAAUCAUGAGUUUCAAUAUACUGAUAAACCUUUUGAGAUUGAUUAUCGACUGCACGUUUUAUGUUCAGCCAUAUUACAGGAAAGUAGGUAUCAGCGAGAUUGGGAAAUGAGUGCCAAAGAUUUACGUUAUGUAACGUUUUUAUCACGCCUAAGUGACGUACUCCAGGGCAAUGCUGAGUGGCUGACGGACUGCGUGCCAUAUAGUGCGCUAAUUGAAAAUCUUCACAUAGUCAAUAUGGUUUGCAAUGAAUCUACGCGCGAAGAGUCAAUUCACGCACUUGAAGCUAAUAUAGUUUAUUUGUGUCGAAAAGAAGGCGAAAAUAGUGGUCCAGUUGAAUGCGUUGGCAUUGGAAUCGUACGAGCUAUUGAUCUUGUGAGAGUAUAUUUGCUGCCCGCAAUGGCUUAUGAUUACUUAAAAGAAGUCAAUUGUUUGGCUUUGAGCGAAAUGCCACUGCCUUCGUCUUUGUUCUUAAAUCAAGGGCCAAAAGUGCGUGGGAUGUCUGCUUUUCUUUACAACACUGUUGAUGCCAGGACUUCAAAGUCUAUUAAACAAAUCUAUCGACGUCCAUCACAUUUUCUCUCAGGGAAACAUAAAAAUGUGCUUAAUGAUUAGCAUGGACUUUAAUAAUUUUUAAUGUAAAUGAAAAUAAACUGCAAAAUUCUA